GGCGGGGCCCCGGUGCUCUCGUGGUGAACUCGGACGUUGUGUGUGUUACCUGGGGAGGCCCCUUUCCAGGAGUCACCUGCAUCCAUACUUAAGUCUCUGCCUUCAAACUCAUUCUCAACCCAGGGAAGUCUCUAGAAACCACUAUUGUGCUUUCUACUUCUAUGAGAUCAACUUUUUUAGCUUCCACAUAUGAGUGAGAACGUGAGAAGGUUUCAAGAAUAUAACAAUAAUUAACUGUGUAUACAAGGGUGGAAGGAAGAUGAGGACUGAGAAAGGACCUUUCACAUGAGCAACAAGGAGAUCAUGGUGACCUUUGACAGAGCAUUUCUAGCAUCAUGGGAGAAAGGAGGAAAGAGAGGAAGCAGAAUCCAAGGCAGCUGAGAGACAAAGACGUUCAGACAUUUUGACGGUUUAUCUGGACUAGUUAUUCCUAGAAUGUGCACAUGAAAGUGAAUGAUUUAUUUGAUAAGCUCAGCGUAGAGAGAAAACUAUGUCCUUGCCUCCACCCAUCUCCAUAUCAGAAAUGGAACCAAAUGGCACCUUCAGCAACAAGAACUGUACAAUUGCAAACUUCAAGAGAGAAUUUUACCCAAUCGUAUACCUGAUAAUAUUUGUCUGGGGAUCUUUGGGAAAUGGCCUUUCCAUAUAUGUUUUCCUGCAGCCUUCUAAGAAGACCACGUCUGUGAACGUUUUCAUGCUAAACCUGGCCAUUUCGGAUCUCUUGUUCAUAAGCACACUUCCCUUCAGGGCUGACUAUUACCUCAGAGGCUCUGAUUGGAUUUUUGGGGACCUGGCCUGCAGGAUUAUGUCUUAUUCCUUGUAUGUCAACAUGUACAGCAGCAUUUACUUCCUGACCGUGUUGAGCGUUGUGCGCUUCCUGGCAACUGUUCACCCUUUUCGGCUUCUCCAUAUCACCAGCAUCAGGAGUGCCUGGGUCCUGUGUGGGAUCAUAUGGAUAUUCAUGAUGGCUUCCUCAAUAAUGCUGCUGAAGAAUGGCUCUGAGCGGAAGGGCAAUGUCACAUUAUGUUUAGAGCUGAAUCUCAAUACAGUUAACAAAUUGCAGAUCAUGAACCUGAUUGCCCUGGUGGUGGGCUUCCUGCUGCCGUUAUUCACGCUCAGCAUCUGUUACCUGAUGAUCAUUCGAGUCCUGUUAAAGGUGGAGGUCCCAGAAUCAGGGCUGCGGGUUUCUCACAGGAAGGCGCUGACCACCAUCAUCAUCGCCUUGAUCAUCUUCCUCCUGUGUUUCCUGCCCUAUCACACACUAAGGACCCUCCACCUGAUCUCGUGGGAAAUGGGUAAAUGCAAAGAAGCGCUGCAUAAAGCUGUGAUUGUCGCACUGGCCUUGGCGGCCGCCAACAGCUGCAUCAAUCCUUUGCUCUAUUACUUUGCUGGGGAGAAUUUUAAGGACAGACUGAAGGCUGCACUUAGAAAAUAUUAUCCACAGAAGGCAAAGACAAAGUGCAGCUCUUCUGUUUGUCUGUGGUUGAAAAAGGAAACAAGAGUGUAAGGAGUUAUUAGGUGAUGCCUGUUUUUGUAUCCUCCUGUCCACCGUCCACCACGCACAGUCUCCAGUAGCUUUGUAUUUACACCAUUGCCAUCAAGGGUCAAUCUCAAGAUUUAAUUGACCAUGACUUUUGUUAAUAAGACCUACUUCAAAAAUUUUAUUAGGUGUAUUUUCAGUGAUUGAGUCUUUAUGAGAGAGAGAGGAGGAAAAGUCCCUACUAGAGUCUUACAGGCUGAACUGUCAGACUGGUGAAAGGAAUGCAAAGAUGGAUCAGAUCUCUGGCCCAUCAGGUAUUCCAAAUUCUUAACUUUAAGACAGCCCAACUUCCCCGGCUUCUUCAGUUUCUCUUCCCUCUUCAAUCCCCUGAGAUACGGCUAACCAACAGAGCUCCUGGAGGCCCCAGAGCAGAUGAGAAGCACAUCCCAAGAAUUCAGGAGAAGACUGUGAAGAAGAAGGCUGCUCUGGAACAAAGCAGAGUCAUGGUCCCAAACAAGAACAGUGGGAGAGAGGAUGGGAGAUGGUUUGAGGCACCAGAGAGCUGUUGAUAAGUAGGAGAAAGGAGGAAUUUUAUUUUGAACUGAGAGAGAGGCCCUAGCACAGUGAAAGCAAAAAUGCUUCCUUUUACCUAUCUCUUGCCAGCGGAGUAGGAAGGACAGGAAAUGUAGGAGGAAGACCUACAGCAGUGCCCUGGGAUGGAGGAAUUGUGUGUGGAAUAGAGGAGAAGGGGCGGUUGGUCAUGGACAUGUAUCUCAAUUUUACUUUGAGAUUUAGGUUAGAACUGACUUCACCACAGUUCUCACUCUCUCCCAUUGAACCAUUGAAAUGGGAGCCAACAUAAAAGAUGAGGCUUUUUGGGUUGGGUACUCAAGGAGAAGGUGGCGUGGAAGCCAAGUUGCAAAGGCUUAUGUACCCCUGAAAUCCUAUUAACAUUUUAGCAGAAUAUGAAUAGGGGGGUGCUGCCUUCCUUUUGAGGGAAUGUAGAAAAACACUAGAUACAUAGUCUCUCUAGUAUUCCUUUCUAUCCACUGAAACAAGGCUGAGAAUACUAUCAACCACUACCACCAUGACCACUGCACUGCCAAAAGUUAGGUGCCCUCCCAAUGCUGGGCAGACUGUUCCAGGCAAUUUACACUCAUUAAUCCCAUUUAACAUUCACACCAAAGCUCUGAGUUUCCAUUUUACAGAGGAAGACAUUGGAGCUCAGAGAAAUGAAGAAACUUCUUCAAGUUCACACAGCUAGUAAGAGUUUUAAAAACCUCCAUGCAAAAGUGUUGUCUGGAUGCUCUCCCCACUGUUACCCUUGCAAACCUCCAGGAAGAUUGGUUGAAAGUCUGAAUAAGAGUCCCUCUCCUCCACUGGGUACCUGCCCCUCCUCACGCUCACAAGAAAACCAAGGUUUUCUCCUUGGGGUUGUUAACCCCAGUCCAGUGGAGAGUGGAGAGGAGAUGGUGUUCUGAACCUAGGAAGGGACUAAGUCCUUCUUCAUAUGAAACAAGAACCCCAGUACCCUUCCCUUAUCCAUCUAACAAAACGAUGACAGACAGACUCAUACCCUGUCACAGUAGGACCCUAGAUGAUCCUCUCAUGGGGACACGGCCCCGUCUGAGAAAAAAGGCUGACAGAUACACAAUUGGAAAUCCUCCAACACAAAAUCUGGGUGUCUGUCCUAUUACCCACUAGAUAGUGAAGUUCACAAUGCAACUAAGCCCUUUUGCUAACAGAGAGCAUCUAAUCAAUUUGUUAGAGUCUCAUUCUUAAUUAUGACCAGCAAUCAUUUGAAGAAAAGGCCCUAACAUGAAAGACACCAACAAAUAAAUGAGAGGGUAGAUACAGUCAUUUUCAGCAUAAAAGGUCUCAACAUUUUUAUCACCUUUGACUUUUAUUAGAAAGUGACUGGAGGAUGUGUUCCCUCAAAAUAAGAGAGUAAACCGAAAUAGAGGAAUACUUGGCAGUUAGGAAUCAAGUAAUCCAACACAGGAGAAAGGUGAAGAUAACUCCCAGGAUGUUGGUAUGUAGUAGGCUUAGAAAGCAACUCAUUUGGGUUGGGGAAGGACUCUCAAAGAACUCUAGGAGGAAUGAAUGUCUAGGAGAAAAACAAGAAACUAAUUGAGAGAGCUCUUCUCUUGGAGAGCUGUGGAUGAAUUAGUGACAAAUACAUAGAAAACUAUGCAAGUGGGAAGAAUGCUAGAGGGAAAUAAACUGUUGUAUAAAAGAGGAAAUAUAACCAUAGUACACUACAUGGCUCCGUUGUGAAUAAUACUGACACAGCAAAUAAUGUAAAUACAGUAGCCUCUACCCUCAUUUGCAGUUUCGCUUUCCACAGUUUCAGUUACACAUGGCUAACUAUGAUCCAAAAAUAUUACAUGGAAAAUUUCAGAAAUAAACUAUUCUUAAGUUUUAAAUUGCAUGCCAUUUUUGCAUAGUGUGAUGAAAUCUCAUGUCAUCCUACUCUGUCCUGCCCAGGAUGUGAAUCAUGCCUUUGUCCAGCAUAACCAUGCUGUAUAUACCCACCCAUGAGUUAUUUAGUAGCUGUCUAGAUAAACAGAUUGACUGUCAUGGUAUCACAGUGCUUGCUUUCAAGUCACCCUUAUUUUACUUAAUAAUGGCCCCAAAGCACAAGAGUAGUGAUGCUGGCAACUCAGAUAUGCCGAAGAGAAGCUGUAAAGUACUUCCUUUAAGUGAAAAGAUGAAAGUUUUAGACUUAAUAAGGAAAGAAAAAAAAUCAUAUACUGAGGUU